UAGAUGGCAGCUUUGCCGGACCAAGAGACAAUUGGGGACCUAGGCAGCAGGCUGGAGUAAAGCGAGGCGCUCGCUCCCGAGUCACUUUCUGGACGCUCCGGGGUGACAGCCCGAAUCCUCCCCGGGCCGGCUGCUGCAGACCCCAGCCACCGCUCGCAGCAAGGUCUUAUGUCAUCAUGCAGCACUAUGGAGUGAAUGGUUACUCUCUUCAUGCCAUGAAUUCUCUGAGUGCCAUGUAUAACCUUCACCAACAAGCAGCACAGCAAGCUCAGCAUGCCCCAGACUACAGACCUUCGGUGCAUGCCCUCACACUGGCAGAGAGACUGGCUGACAUCAUUUUGGAGGCCCGUUAUGGCUCCCAGCAUCGCAAACAAAGGAGGAGCCGCACAGCAUUCACUGCCCAACAACUGGAAGCCUUGGAGAAAACUUUCCAGAAAACCCAUUAUCCAGAUGUGGUGAUGAGGGAAAGGCUGGCAAUGUGUACCAAUCUGCCAGAAGCCAGAGUACAGGUUUGGUUUAAAAACCGAAGAGCUAAGUUCCGAAAGAAACAGCGCAGUCUACAAAAGGAGCAGCUACAGAAACAGAAAGAUUCUGAAGUCAACCACAGUGAUGGCAAAGCAGAUGCUCCCAUAUUAGAAGCACAGACUCCAGCUCCCGAGGCAGACAAAUCUCUCAGUCUGCCAAGUGAGGUGAAUACAGAGCUCAACCUCACUCUAUCUGAGCAAUCAGCAAGUGAAUCAGCAGCUGAGGACCAGACAGACCGAGAGGAAGAAUUCAAGAUCUCAUUGGAAGAGAACAAAGCAGACAAGAGCCCUGGAAAUGAAAACAAGGCUCUGAACAGCAAGAGGGCAAGCCCCAAAGCAGAUUCUCCUGUCAGUGUUACUGCCAUACCAUCUUCCAGUAACAGCAUGUCUCAGACGCACUCCUAUUCUUCAUCACCCCUCAGCCUCUUCCGCCUGCAAGAGCAAUUCCGUCAACACAUGGCAGCCACAAACAACUUGGUCCAUUACUCCUCCUUUGAAAUGGGGACCCCUUCUGCCAUGCCUUAUUUAGGCAUGAAUGUCAACAUGGCACCCCUAAGCUCCCUACACUGCCAGUCUUACUACCAGUCACUUUCCCAUGCUCAGCAAGUGUGGUCCUCUCCUAUCCUGCAAGCUUCCUCCUCUCUUCCAAGCCUGAACAGUAAAACAACCAGCAUUGAGAACCUACGGCUGCGAGCAAAGCAACAUGCUGCCUCUCUGGGACUGGACACAUUACCAAACUGAGCACCAAACCAGAAAUGUGUAAAAGACCAACCAAUGGAUGACCUACAACUCAAUGCACCAUGUCUUUGACUUGUGAUACAGCCCUCCAUUUUGUCUCACAUUAAGGAGCUCAAAUUCAUAGGGAAACAUUGACUGCUUUCUGUCUCCUCCUGUAGCUCAAGUUUGCAUAGCAGGUAUUGCUUCUGCCUGUUUUCCCCUGGCCCAUUUAAAAUCCCUUGCAAAAAAGAGAGGUUUAAAAUGCAAAAUCUUCUUCAAAACUGUGAGUCAACUAUAUAAUAUUCCAAAAUAUUAUUUAGAUUAGGCUACAAGAAA